AGCCAACAAAAUCAAUGGUAUGCCUGGUAUGCCUGGAAUGCCUGGAAUGCCUGGAAUGCCUGGAAUGCCUGGAAUGCUUGGUAUGCCUGGUGUGCCUGGUAUGAACGGUAUGAACGGUAUGAACGGUUUGAGUGGCAUGAAUGGUGUGAAUGGUAUGAAUGGUAUGAAUGGUAUGAAUGGUAUGAAUGUUGUUAACAACCAAAACAUGUUGAACAUGAAUGGUGUGAAUGCAGUUAAUAAUUUUUCAAAUGGUAGAUCUUUACCAAGAAGUCGUCCUCAGACACCAUAUUAAGGUAUCUACUUGAUGGGUGUUCCCAAAAGGGUGAAAAACAUACCGCUA